CGCCUUGCCGACCGCGCGUCCACGUUCGACAGAGUCGGCCAACUCAAGCGAGCGUUGUCCGUCGCAUGAUUCCAACUCGUCGGAAAAUGGUCGCGAGAGCCGGGAAAAUGCCAACGCAGCCGCCAAUGCUGCCGCAGCCGCUGCUGCGAGCGCCGGCAUGCUACCGCUUCCACCGUCGAUGACCGCUACAUUCCCAGCUGCAACACAGAAUUUGCCCGCACAGCCAUCUUCGAUGGAGGCUUAUCUGCAAAUGGUGGCCGCCGCCGCACAGCAGUAUGGCUUUCCGUUGGGUCCAGCCGCUCCAGGCCAUCGCUUUCAGCUACCAAUGCCCACAGAUGCGCCAGCACCAUUCAAAUUACCUCCGCAAGCAUCACCCAAUGCCUCGAACAACAAUUCGGAGGCACUAGACUUUCGCACGAAUCUCUUUGCGCGUGCUGCAUCCGCCGAACCCGCACCCUCUGAGGAGGAGGAGGACGACGAUGAAGCCAACGAUGCUAAUAAUCCACUGGAUCUAUCGGUUGGCACGCGUAAGCGUUCAGCCGAUGGCGAUCGUGAGCCCGACUCCACCAUCGGACAGAUUCAGGUGAAGAAAAUUUUCAAAACCGAUAGCCCACCACUGGCAGCACCCCCAACGGUGCAAGCCGCACCGCUCUUGCCCGGAGUAAAUCCCUACUUGGCAGCAGUGGCAGCAGCAAAUAUAUUCCGCACCGGUCAGUUUCCCGAUUGGAAUGGCAAGAAUGACUUGGUUGUCGAUCCAUUGGAGAAAAUGUCGGAUAUCGUGAAGGGACCACGGAAGGAGAAAUCUUCGCGCUCUUCAGCGGGCAACACACCAACAGCACCGCCAACUGCUGGGCCACCACCUAAUUCUGGUGCUUCUGCUGGCACACAAAAUUCGGCAACCACACUGACCGCCUCCACGGAGGGCAUGUCCAAGGCCAGACACAACAUCUGGCAGUCGCACUGGCAGAAUAAAGGCGUAGCCAGCUCGGUUUUCCGCUGCGUGUGGUGCAAGCAGAGUUUCUCCACGCUGGAAGCGCUCACCACGCACAUGAAGGACAGCAAACACUGUGGCGUAAAUGUGCCGCCAUUCGGCAACCUACCCAACACCGAUCGCCACCACCAACCACCGCCACCACAAGCGCAGGGUCCGCAGCACUCGCACAGCCACCGCAAACAGCCGAAUAGUGGCGGCGGCUCGCAAUCGAACUCGUCUUCCGGACCAUCAGCGGCGGCCAAAAACGCCUUUCAGUAUCGGGGCGAUCCACCAACACCACUGCCGCGCAAAUUGGUGCGCGGCCAGAACGUAUGGCUGGGCAAAGGCGUGGAGCAGGCCAUGCAGAUCUUGAAGUGCAUGCGUUGCGGCGAAAGCUUCCGUUCGCUCGGCGAGAUGACCAAGCACAUGCAGGAGACGCAGCAUUACACCAACAUUUUAUCGCAAGAACAAACGAUCUCAAUGAAGUCUUCUGGCGGCGGUGAUGCCAAGGAUGGACACAACAGCUUGAGCUCCGAAGAGAGUCGCACGCUAAGCGCUGUGCUAACGUGCAAAGUUUGCGACAAGGCCUUCAAUUCGCUGGGCGAUCUGAGCAACCACAUGGCCAAGAAUAACCACUACGCCGAGCCGCUGAUGCAAUCCAUGGCAGGUGGCGCUGGCAGCCGCAAGCGCCCGGCACCCAAGAAGCGCGAGAAGUCAUUGCCGGUGCGUAAGCUGCUCGAGAUGAAGGGCGCACAGAAUGAGGCGGAAAGUAUGGAGGCCAAGAUGCAGCGCAACUAUGAAAAUGCCAAGCGCAUGCCACUCGAGGGCACCGGCAUCGGACCGGGCAAUGACAAGUCAGAUGCUGCACUGUUCGCCGAACGCAUGCGUCAAUACAUAACGGGCGUAAAAGCGGACGACGAGGCGGCCAAGGCAGCGCUAGGCGUUGGCAGUUUAUUGAACAAAACCAAGUCACCUGAUUUGGAGCCGAAAAAUGGCGCCACUAAGUCAACAGCAGGCUCAUCGUCUGUGCUCAGCGCCAUCGAGCAGAUGUUCACCACCAGUUUUGAUACGCCACCGCGUCACGCCAGCUUGCCGGCGACCAGCCCAUCCAAUUCGUCGACCAAGAAUACAUCGCCCGUGGCCUCAAGCAUACUGAAGCGGCUGGGCAUCGACGAAACUGUCGACUACAAUAAGCCAUUAAUAGACACUUCGGAUCCAUACUAUCAGCAUUACCGUUAUACGAGCAGCGAGCGCAGUGGCAGUGAGUGCAGCGCUGAAACGCAUGUCGAGGCUAGGAAAAUGGAUGUAAUCACGCCGGAGAAGUUGCAGCCAACAGAGGUGAUGUCCAUGGAGCAGAAAUCGGCUGAGAUGAGGCGCGAGUUGGAGGCACUCAAGCAGAAGGCCGAGCAGGCAGAUGCACUCAUGGAACAAGCGCCACAAAUCAAAAUGGAGAUCAAGUCUGAGGUGGAGGAGGAGGAGCGUGGCGAUGAGAGUCCACAAAACGGUCGAGAUGGCAAUGAAAAGUCGCAGCAUGUUGCCAAUGGCGCUGAAUUCUCUAUAUCCAACAACAACAAUAACAACAACAAAGAGCGUAGCGUUACACCACCCAAAUCGGCUGGUCCCGUUAGCCCGGUAUUGCACAAAGCGCUUACACCGCGCAGUCCCACCGACAGCCACCGGUCCGCUACACCCAAAUCGCCAGCAUCCAGCAUUAAGUCCUACGAUGGUGAGAAGAAAUAUCCAAGCGAUUCGCUAAAUGCACUCUCCUCCAUGUUCGACUCGCUAGGCAGUUCCAGCAACACCACCACCACCACCACGCCCAGCAGUCGCGCACAGGCACCGAUAAUGCCGUCGUCGUUAAGCAAUAAAAUCGAUUCACCCGAAAAUCUCACCACUUCCAAUUCGCUUGCUGCUUUACGUCAAUUUUGCAUAAAAAAAGAGAAAACCGCUUAAAUCGCAGCUUUUUGUUUUUCGUCUCGCGAGAGAGAAACAGAUUUCAAAAAUUUUUUGUUUGCCACCUGACGCCCUGGGUGUUGGGCUUUUUUGUGUACGAGUGGGGCGCGCGCGCGCGCUGCGGACGCGUCGUGUCCGCCGAAUGCAUUUAACAGGCCGCACUCUGCCGUCGCCGCACAAGGCUUGUGAGUUGCGGAAGCCGGAUUAGAAAAAAAUAUAAAAUUAAAAAAAAAAAAAUCAAAAAAAACUAUAAAAAAUACGUAUAAAAAAAAAGAACACAAAAAACUUUUUGAGUGUGUGACUUUCGACCGCACUGCUUCACAAAGAAAUUGAUGAAGCGUCAUUACAAAGGUGAGAUAACUAAGACUCCAAGAAAGUCAAAAUAAAUGCGAUGCUUCAAAGUGCGGAAAGCAAGCAGCUUUGAGGAGAGCGAACGAGCGAGCGAGCAAGGAAAAUGUACGAAAAUGAGUCCAACCGCGUGGAAUGGGCUCCUGCGUGGGCGAACAAAAAUUAACAGCUGCGAACGGCUUUGCGGCUAAGUGUGGGAAUACUCAACGUCUGCGCCAGGGCCACUGGCGGUUUUCCCCAACACAGAGAGCUUGUACGGGCAGGAAGACAACAACAGUACGGAAGCAGCAGCAAACAUUUUUUAAUAGAAGUGAAAAACAAAAAUAUUACCACGAUGAUGACGAGGAACAAUGAGGAACCUAUAUAUUCACUAAAUGACCGAGGCAAAUGCAAUAAUCAAGCAGCUUCGCCAACACAACGCGAGGUGUUAACAGUUGCGAGAUCUACAGGA